AUGGAUUUCAUCAAGACCAGUUCCCUGCGUGCUCUGAUUGAGUUAACUUUCCAACGCAACUGGAACGGCCUAAUUUGGAUGAGUAGAAAAGGAGUUACAACCAAAAGAGUGGAGACUGUCCAGACGGCUCUAUCGAGAAACAGCGCCCAACCGCGCAGUCCGGCUGGCCGAGAAACAAUUGUUGCGCUCGGCCAAAGCCAUAUCCGUCCGUCUGAAGUCUCGGCCAAAGUUCAAACCGGCCGAUCACGCAACACGACCCGGGAAACAUUGCCCGCGGUCGGCCAAGCAAACGUCACGCCACGCCGCGCACGACCAUGCCGCGCGAGCCGGGAACAAGGCCUCGCGGCCGCGCAACCCGUUCGCGUACCACGGCCGAUGCAUCCGUCCGAGCCGGGAAAUAACGUCCCACGUCCGGCCGAGAAACCAUCGGCCAAAUCUUCGUCCGCCGACCACGCCGGCCGACCGUGA